AUGUCAACGGAGUGGGGCAGAGGGGCGGAAAAGGAUGGAGACAGGUUCGGGCCGAAGGAGAGAGAGAGGUCCGGAAGCGACCGGGAGAGAAGGAAGGAUCGGGAGCAUGACGGGGAGAAGGAUGAUCGUAGGGAGAGAGGAAAGGACAGAGAUAGAGACAGAGACAGAGACAGGGAUAGAGAGAGAGAUAGGGAUAGGGAUAGGGAUAGAGAUCGGGAGAAAGACAGGGAUCGGCAUAGGGAUAGGGACAGGGACAAGGAUAGGGAUAAGGAUAGAGAUAGAGAUAGGGGCCGCAAAGAGAGGGAACGUGAGAAGGAGGGGGAGAAGGAGCGGGACGGAGAGAGGCACAGGGAGAGGGAGCGAGAGCGAGACAGGGAGAAAGGGAAGAGCAAGGACCGACACAGGGAUAAGGAGAGGGGCAGAGAGAAAGACCGCGAGCGGGAGGAGCGGGAGAGGGAGGAAAGGGAAAGGGAGGAGAGGGAGCGGGAGGAGCGGGAGCGCGAGAGGGAGAGGCGGAGCGCGCGGCUGGAGUCGCUCAAGGCGCUGACGGGCGGCAAGGGCGAGCGCAGCGACAGACGCCGCGAGAGGGCGGGCGCCCGGGGGCUUAGGGAGGGGUUGGGCGCGGCGGAGGGUGCGCAGGGGGGCGCAGGUGGCGGGGAAGGGGGUCAGGGCGGCGAGGGGGGCGGGGUGGGGGGAGGGGAGGGGUCGGUUGUUAAGGGGGAUGGGUUGGGGGCUAAGACAGGGGAUGGGCUGGGCAGUAAGGGAGGGGAGGAGGCAGGUGGGGAGGCUCAGGAGGCUGGGCUGCGCAAGCUGAGGCUGAAGCUGUCAGGUGCUUCUUCAGGCGAGUCCCAGCAGGGGGAGGCGUCAGCAGCGGCAGCGGGCAAGGAGAGUCCCAGAGACGCUUCAGCUCUGCAUGACUUCCCCUUGGACCCCUUACAAGCCCCGCGUCGCAGUCGGCGCAGCAUGAAGCUUCCAGCGCCCUCCUCGCCGUCCUCUGCCGCCCACGCCGCCCGGGCGGCAGCGGAGGUGGAGGCAGCGCGGCAGCUGAAGCGCGAGGAGGCCGCCCGGCGCCGCAAGCAGCAGUCAGAGCGGGCGGCACGCGCCGUCCAGGAGAACGCGAUCCAGAAGAUUCUCGGGCAGGACGGGUCGAGGAAGCGGAGGGAGCAGAAGAUUCAAAAGAAGCGGCAGGAGGAGGCUGAGUCGCGUUUGCUGGGUUGCUCCUGCCGCUGCCUGCCGGUGACAAGACAACCCACCACUGGUCUGCCUCUCUCCAUGCGUUCUUCUCCCACACGUGCAGGAGCGCCUGGCAGCCAGUCAGGUGCCGCCACCUGGCUUUGUACGCAUGCGCUUCACAGCAGGUGGUGUGACGGUGGCAUGGUCACCGGACUCCCAACAGCCCGCCAUGUUCCGCCCACAGCCGCCCCUGCCCCUCCCACCCCCGCGGGCCCUGUGUGCAGCGGCGGGGUGCCACAAUCCCUUCCGCUAUCGCGACUCCAAGACUCACCUGCCGCUCUGCUCCCUGCACUGCUACAAGACAAUCCACGCCGCCCUGCUGCUGCUGCUGCUGUUGCUGCGGCUGCCCAAGCCGGUGGCACCUAG